AGAGCCUUCUCCCACACCUUCUCCGCAUCCUUGUUGCACGAGAUCAGGAGCCAAGAAAAUCAUGUUACAAAAACAUUCAAAGGAAACGUCAUUUGAAAUGAAUGAAAGUCAAGGAGUGAAGGAAGGAGCCACACCGCCCUUUCAAAAUAGCGAAGAAAUAGCCAGUGUGCCUGGAAGAGUUCAAGCAGAGAGGACGUGCCGUAAUUCCUGGGAAAGCGCUCUCUGGGCAGCAGUAAAAGACAACUUAACACAACAUUUAAACUACAGCAGUGUUUUCCCAGAAAGCUUCCCUUGCAAAUUUAAUUACGCACACAAAGAAUUCCUUAUGCGGCAAUACAAUCUUCAGCCCGGCAGAUGCAAACCUAACGAGUGUGCGACAAAUGAAGAAGCAGGUACCUUCGAAAAGGCCUGUCCUCUUGAAUAUUAUGAAGUGGCCAUUCUUGGGAUAAAUCACGACAUCGCUGUAAAUGUGGCUUUCCUUCCCGUAUGUUCUGAAGACUCCCAUUUAUGCCGUGGAAAAGGCACAUCCAGUUCUGUAGUGUUGACUCACCCAAGUGGUACUUCAUCCCAGCAGGAGAGGAUUGACAGUGAAGGGCCUUCUGAAAUAUUUCCGCUUGCAGAUGUAGUAGUCAAAGCCACCGCUGACCUGGAGAAACAACAUGUCAUCUGCAUCCUGGACAUCUGUUCUUUAGGCGAAGAUAAAGUUGAGGUCUUUCUGAACAGAGUGUACGACGUUACCGACGUCAACGUAGCAAGCCAAGCAUACCUGAUGAACGAUGCGGCGUCUGUACACUGAAGAGGAAUUAGCGUGUAUCACUGCAUUUUUUUUCGAGGAAAGCUUUGAUCCUUAGCCAGCAACGUUGCAAAAGGAAGUCCCUGAUCAUGGGCACCGAGGAAGGUGCGUUUCUGUAAAAAGGUACAUUGCCGAGUUGCUAAUCAUGACACUUUUCUGUGAGCGUUGGGUUGUAAGAGAGGUCAAUCGCUGUUCUCUGUGAAUAAAUCUUUGCACAGGUGGGGGAACAAA